CGAAGCACAUUUUCUCUCUCUUCUCUUUCCAUCUCCCUUCCCAUCUCUCUCUCUCUUUCUCUCUCUGUUUCUUGAUCCGUAGGCGAUUGAAAUGUCUGAAAACUAAAGCCGUGUCGAGCUCAAUUUCCGCCCGUGCUCGAAUCCAAUCGAAGCGCCAACACCCCAUCGUUCGAUCCCACAAAUGCGGGCACCUCGCCGGACCUGAGAAUCUGACAUUGCCGGGGCCGAGAGAUCGAAUCUUGGGGGGGCUGAAUCUGAUGGUGGGUACUGCAAGAUCGUCGAGCCCGUCGGUGUUGCGGUGUCGGUCGGGGUGUUUGGUAGCUGGGUUCUGCGAAUCUAGCGCUGGGGCCAUCCGGGCCUGAAUGAAUCUGAUGGUGAGCAUUGGGAGAUCAUCACCACAGGGGCUGUCGUCUUCUUCGUCGUCGUCGUUAUUGCAAACCUCUCGCUGGGAUCUUUGUUGGUGCUACCGGGGGUGUGUUGGGGCGGGGAUAUUGUCUGAAUCUUGGGCGGGGGCAGCUGAAUCUUGGGGGAGGGAGCUGCUUGGAACAAGGAGAUGCAGCUGCACUUCUCACCUAGCAUGAGAAGUAUAACGAUAUCAAGCAGUGGCAGCAGCAGCAACAACAAUGGCAAUGGGUUUGUUGACUUGAUGAAGAUCAAGGUCGCGGCUCGUCACAUCUCCUACCGUACCCUCUUCCACACCAUUCUCAUCCUAGCGUUCCUGUUGCCCUUUGUCUUCAUCCUCACCGCCGUCGUUACCCUUGAAGGUGUCAACAAGUGCUCCUCAUUCGAUUGUUUAGGCAGGCGGUUUGGACCAAGGCUUCUUGGCCGGGUUGAUGAUUCAGGGAGAAUGGUAAGAGACUUCUACAAGAUCCUCGAUGAAGUUAACAGUAUGGAAAUCCCAGAUAAUCUAAAGCUGCCUGAUUCGUUUAGUCAACUCGUUUCUGAAAUGAAGAGCAACCAGUAUGAUGCAAGGACUUUUGCUAUCAUGUUAAGAGCCAUGAUGGAUAAAUUCGAGAAAGACAUAAGAGAGUCCAAAUUUGCUGAACUCAUGAACAAGCACUUUGCUGCCAGUUCCAUCCCAAAGGGCAUCCACUGCCUCUCUCUGCGGUUGACCGAUGAAUAUUCCUCCAAUGCCCACGCCCGUAAACAGCUCCCAUCUCCUGAGCUUCUCCCUCUCCUCUCUGAUAACUCCUACUACCACUUCAUCCUAUCAACGGAUAACAUAUUAGCUGCCUCAGUUGUUGUGACUUCCACGGUGCAAUCAUCUCUGAAGCCCGAGAAAAUAGUGUUUCACAUAAUUACUGAUAAGAAAACCUAUGCGGGAAUGCAUUCUUGGUUUGCCUUAAAUCCCUCAUCCCCUGCUAUUGUUGAAGUGAAGGGUAUCCAUCAAUUUGAUUGGUUAACAAGGGAGAACGUUCCUGUAUUAGAGGCUGUUGAGAAUCAUAAUGGGAUUAGGAACUACUACCAUGGGAAUCAUGUUGCCGGUGCGAAUCUAAGUGCUACUACUCCAAGGACUUUUGCCUCAAAGUUGCAGGCGAGGAGUCCAAAAUAUAUAUCACUCCUCAACCACAUAAGAAUUUACCUGCCUGAGCUCUUCCCGAACCUUGACAAGGUAGUCUUCUUGGAUGAUGAUGUUGUGAUCCAACGGGACUUGUCCCCUCUAUGGGAGAUCGACCUCGAGGGCCAAGUCAAUGGUGCUGUGGAGACAUGCAGGGGUGAGGACGAGUGGGUAAUGUCCAAGCGUUUCAAAAACUACUUCAACUUCUCCCAUCCCCUCAUUGCGAAGCACUUGGAUCCUGAAGAGUGUGCAUGGGCCUAUGGGAUGAACAUCUUUGAUCUCCGUGCAUGGAGGAAGACUGAUAUCAGAGAGACAUACCAUUACUGGUUGAAAGAGAAUCUGAAGUCUAAUCUGACAAUGUGGAAGCUUGGCACCCUACCGCCGGCUUUGAUCGCUUUCAAGGGUCAUGUCCACCCAAUCGACCCAUCAUGGCACUUGCUUGGCCUAGGAUAUCAGAUCAAGACGAGCAUCGAGAAUGUGGAGAAAGCUGCAGUUAUUCACUAUAAUGGCCAGUCGAAACCUUGGUUACAGAUUGGUUUUGAGCAUCUUCGGCCCUACUGGGCAAAGUAUGUGAACUAUUCCAAUGAUUUUGUGCGAAGUUGUCAUAUCUUGGAGCCGUAGAGAUGGAUUACUUCAUUCAGAAAAAUUCUACUACACUAAAACGAAUUGCUACGAGGAGGGAGAAGCGGGGCGCCAUUGGAAUUGGGAAUACUUCUGUUGCGCCUUGGAAUUUCAGGAAAAGCGAGCUGAGGAUCUUCUGGGGCGGUCCAGUUCCAACUGUUAUCCGGUGCACGAGUAUCAUAGAAGAAGAGGAGCCAGCUUCGGCUGCGCGGGCACGAGACUGGAAUUUUUUCAUUUGUAACAUAGAAAAUCGAUUUGUUUCCCUUUUUUUUUUUUGGUCUUCUCAUUUUGAUGAUUGGAAAAGAGGGUAGCUAUCACUUUCCAACCGAGUGGGAUUAGAGUAUUUGUUGGAGUUUUUCUUAGCACAAUAAGUCGGAAGAAGUACAAACUGAGGAGGCGAGAGGAUUGGGGCCGGUUGGUGCGGGGCGAGAUCAAAGCCACACACGGAGCGGCUUGUGCUGGUGAAGAGGAAGGCUCGAACAGGCCUUUUCGGAGGCUCCAUAUCUUUUGAAUUUGUAAUUCUUUUUUCUAAAUUUCCUUCUGGGGUAAGAUCAUUUUUCCUCUAUAUAUGUUGAUUGAUGAUGAUGGAUGCCACAGUGGUGAUGGUAGGAGGAGUAGGUAUUGGGAGGAAUAUUUUUUUUGAUGUUUCCUAUGUUACAGCUCCCAUCCAUUUGGGGAACUGUUGUUUAGGUCUUAUAUUGCUUUUUCUUUUUUGAGUAUUUACUUUGUACAAUUCACAACAAACAUUGAUAUGUGCAGGAAAUUCUUUUUUCCAAUUUC